GCAUUCCCUUAUCCAAAUUCCAUUUUUUUCCGUCAUUUCCAAAACCAGAGCUCUCUUUGCAGAGAGAGAGAGUGAGAGUGAGAGCUCAAAAAUGGCGUCCUCUUCAGUUGCCUCAACCCUCACUUCUUCCUACACAUCUCCUUCACUCUGUCGCAAUUCUCUCACCCACAUCCACUGUGUUUCAUCAUCAUCAUCGCCAUCCACAAUCUCCUUUGGUCCUAGUUUCAGAGCUCUACCCAGAAAAAGCCAAGCCUUGCACCACCAUAGGACCAAGGGAGGUCUAUCAAUCAAGGCUCAAACGUUGGACUUCUCGGGCUCAUUCUUCGAAGGAGGGUUCGGAGGAGAAGACGAUCCGACGAGCCCUCCCGGGUCGGUCGUCACGGCGGUUGAAGAAAAGGAGGAGCCACAGUGCCCACCGGGCCUCCGUCAGUAUGAAACCAUGGCCGUUUUGAGGCCCGACAUGUCCGAAGACGAGCGACUCGCUCUUACCCAGAAGUACGAAGAGUUGCUUGUUGCCGGGGGUGGAAUGUACGUGGAGGUGUUCAACAGAGGGGUUAUUCCGCUUGCAUACAGCAUCAAGAAGAAAAACAAAGCAGGAGAGAGUAAUACUUACUUGGACGGUAUCUACCUCCUCUUCACUUAUUUCACCAAACCCGAGUCCAUGGCAGUUCUUGAGGGAACACUGCAAACAGAUGAUGAUGUAAUUCGAUCAUCCACCUUUAAAAUAAGGAAGAGGAAGUACUAAUUUGGGGUGUACUUUGAUUCAGUUGUGUAGCUCAAAGGGGAAGACCGAAGGGAAACCGCAUAGUUUUGAGCUCAUAUUUUCUUUCCUGUUGUUGGAAAUUGAUUUGUUUUGUGUAACAUAAUCAGGUUUUCUGGCAGUUAAAAGCUAUGCUGUAUAGCAGUUGUUGCUUGAAGUUGCAGUAGAGGGUCAGCAUCUUAAUGGUAGGAAAGUUCAGCUUAAUCUUGAUUCUGUUGGACUUAUGUCCAGUAGUUUCUAGAGUAAAACCUAUUGUUCUUCCUUUAAUUGGAAAUAUUUUGAGCAUUUCUACAAUGAAUAUAGAAUAUCUGUUACUCUCUCAUUUAUAAA